AACAGAUCAUCCUCGCAUUGCCAUAUAUGAUUACUGAAUGACAAUGUCCAUUUCUAGACAAGUUGCUCUUCAAAUUUUCCUUGGGGUUAUCAUCUCACAAAGCGCUCCACCAACUUGGAUCUACAUCAUUGAUGGAACGGGGACACGUUAUUACUUUAACAACUUCUCUGUAACGGUAAUAGCUGGCCAGCAGCAUGACAUCACAUGUGAAGCACAUGGAGCAAAUCCUCAUGCAGUGUUGGAAUGGCACGUACCAGAUGAUAUCUCUGUUGUUCAUCAGGAUCAGUCGGAUGCUCUUCAAGGCGGAUCUUACAUCUCUCGGAAAGCUGUAACUAUCACACCCUCCAGGAAUGACCACGGACAGAUUCUUAGCUGCAUCGCAUCACACCCAGAACUACAAAAUGAACGUCUACGCUCAGUUCAUCUCAAUGUUCAUGUUCUGCCAAAGGAUGUGGUGCUCUUUCGAACCGGACGAAACCAGUCCAAUUCAACCGUACUUAACGUUCAAGAAGAUUCGCCGACUUCAAUCACCUGUAAAAGUAUCGGGUCAUUCCCAGCGACCAAACUAUAAUUUCAGUUAGUAGGUGGUACUGGUCAUGCUGACAAAAUCCUCAUUCAUGAAAAUUCCUCAAUCGAAAGGAAUGUUUUAGACGAUGCUUUGUUUGACACCGAGAGCACUGUAACAAUACAUCCAAAUAUUGGUCAUCAUGGGAAGACCGUUCAAUGCUACGCAUCACUUGAAAAACACAUAGUCGGAUUUACAUCUGCGCAAGUGAUCGUUUACGGCCCACCAGAACGCGUCAUUAUGAGCUCUACUGUGGAUCUUUACGAUGGCAUAGAGAUAAAUGUAACCUGUGAAGCUGUUAAUGGAUACCCCGCACCGCAUAUCCAUUGGUACAUCGGAUUAAGAAAUCUCACAGAGGAUUCAUCUUUAAACAUAAGUGAAAAUAAUGCUGGUCGAUAUGACACUGAAAGCACCCUGACUCUAGUACUGACGAGGUUUGACCAUGUGAAAUGUCUUGUCUGUGAGGCAGUUCAACCUACAACACUCCCAGCUCGAUCGGUGAAUCAAAGCUUGGUUCUGAAUGUAACAUAUAAUCCUGUUGUGUCAAUCACUGUUCGACGUCUUACAUCAAAUAAAGCAAGUGGGACUACUAAGCUUGCGUUGAUAUGUGAAGCGGACGCAAAUCCUCCUGUCAAUUCAUUCGAAUGGAUAUGCAACGAAACUUUAGUGCCCAACGAUUCCAAUAACAACAGACUCCCUGACACUAUAUCUGAAGAUGCAACGCUAAGGUCCAGCGUAAGUGCGAUUCAAAACUCACUCUCGAAAUAUCAAUGUGUUUUUAACUGCACCGCUGAAUCAGAAUACGGCUCCGGAAGUGCAACCUUCGAUUCCUUUUAUUCUUAUGUUAUCCCGAAUCCACCUUCUUUCUUCAUCAUCUACCAAUACCAGACGAGAUCUUCAUCUGUUUUCGUUGCCUGGCAACCAGGAUUUAUCAUAGGACAAAAGUAUAAAUCAGAAAGUAUCGACAAUGUGAUCAACUAACAUGAAAUUGGUAAAAUGUAGAAUUUCAUUUCACUUCUUUAUACAGCAUAAACACUCGGAAAUACAUGUACGAUGUUCUCAACUACAUUUGGUGUCCUUUCAUAUUUAAUGUGUAACACAACUUACUUUGAAUUAAUGUCUAAUUUUGAUUAUGUUAUAUAAAAUUAUAUAUCGCUUUGUAUUCGAGCAG